ACUUUCAAAGAUCAGUCUCAGAGGGAGCCUGGACACUUCUGGGGCUCCCGAUCCACGCAUCUCCCCAGCCACUGCCUGGACCCUGGGAGAGGGGACACCGGUGACCCCACCUGGAGCCCUGCAGGCAGAGAUGGCUACCAAGAUGGAUGUCUCCCCAGCCGCAGUGCCCCCUGGCCCCGGGAAGACCCUGCAGAAGCAGUGGCUGGAAGUAGUGGGCAUCUCCCACUAUGUGUUUGCUUUUCUGUUCCUAGUCCCUUUCGCCAUGGUUCUUCUGCUCUUCCUCCUCUUCACACGGCUCUGGCCUCUGUCUGUUCUCUACUUGUUGUGGAUCUACCUGGACAGGCACACACCCAGCCAAGGGGGAAGGCGAUUUGUGUGGCCAAGGACCUGGGCCAUCUGGAAACACCAAAGGGAUUACUUUCCUAUCAAGCUGGUGAAGACAGCAGAGCUGCCCCCCAGCCAGAACUACGUGCUGGGAUCCCACCCACAUGGGGUCAUGUGCACCGGAGCCUUCUGUAACUUCACCACCGAGUGCAAUGACUUCUCCCAGCGCUUCCCGGGGCUGCAGCCCUGGCUAGCCACACUGGCCGGCCUCUUCUACCUUCCAGUCUUCCGAGACUACAUCAUGGCUGGUGGACUGCGUCCCGUGAGCCGGCGCAGCCUGGACUUUGUGCUGUCUCAGCCCCAGCGGGGCCAGGCGGUGGUCAUUGUCAUCGGGGGUGCCCAGGAGUCACUGUACACGGCCCCAGGGUGGCACUGCCUCGCACUCAAAAAACACAAAGGCUUCGUGCGCCUGGCGCUGAGGCACGGGGCCUCCCUGGUGCCUGUGUACUCCUUUGGGGAGAACGACACCUUCAAAGGUAUGAAUUUCUCCGAAGGCUCCUGGCAGUACCUGUGCCAGGUCAUCUUCAAGAAGAUCGUUGGUUUUCCUCCUUGCAUCUUCUGGGGCCGUGGUCUCUUCUCGUCCAACUCCUGGGGUCUGCUGCCCCUGCCCGUGCCCAUCACCACCGUGGUGGGCGGCCCCAUCCCCGUGCCCCAGUGCAGCAGCCCCAGCCAGGAGCAAGUUGACCACUACCACAGGCUCUACAUGGACGCCCUGGAGCGGCUGUUUGAGGAGCACAAGGAGAGCUGCGGGGUCCCUGCCUCCACCCGCCUCACCUUCCUCUAGGCCUGGCUCAGCCUCUCCACUCAGCCCCUUCCCCCCCUUGCACUGUGACACCCAGCUCCCGCCUUGACCUCCCCUCCAAUAAAGGCUAGUUCUGGAGGGGAGUGCGGCCAGGCACUGCCACCCCGUCCUGUCUGCUGCAGAGGGUCUGCCUGGGGUGGGUCUCAGCACG